CGAUGACGCUGGCAGGUGGGGCUUCGUGACGUCAUGUCCUGGUCAAUAUGGCGGCGGAAUCUUCGGGAGCUGGACUGUUAGGAUGGCUUCUUAGUUGGCUGCCUACUUGGUGUCCCACAUCUUUGUCCCUUCUUAAGGAUGCUGAGAAUAAGAUGUUACAGGGUGUCAGAAGUAAAUUUACGAAAGAAUAUGUUUCGUUACCAAGUGGCAACAAGAUAUGGACAAUAAUAUUCAGUCAGGAUACUCAUAACAAAACCCCACUUGUUCUGAUUCAUGGAUUUGGAGGGGGAGUUGGACUUUGGACUUUGAACUUUGAUGCACUUAGCCUACAACGCACUGUUUAUGCUUUUGACCUGGUGGGAUUUGGUCAAAGUAGUAGGCCACAUUUCAGCACUGAUCCAAUACUGGCAGAAACACAGUUUGUGGAAUCUAUAGAGGAAUGGAGGGCCACGGUGGGAAUGGAGACAAUGAUUUUAUUGGGACAUAACCUUGGAGCAUAUUUGGCUGCUUCAUACACAAUUAAAUAUCCACAAAGGGUAAAGCACCUCAUUCUGGUUGAACCAUGGGGAUUUCCAGAGCGACUUAUCCACACAGAACAGGAGCGACCAAUGCCGAUCUGGAUAAAAGCCCUGGGUGCGAUCCUGAGCCCCUUCAACCCAUUGGCGGGUCUUAGAUUGGCAGGGCCCUUUGGUCCAAUUCUGGUUCAGCGAUUAAGGCCAGACUUCAAGCAAAAGUUCUCCUCGAUGUGCGAAGAUGAAAAUACUGUCACCGAGUACAUUUAUCACUGCAAUGCACAAACUCCCAGCGGUGAAGUUGCUUUCAAGAACAUGACUGUACCUUAUGGCUGGGCUAAACAACCAAUGCUAUUGAGGAUUAAUCAGAUACAAGAGGACAUCUCCAUCACAGCAAUUUAUGGAGCACGCUCUUGCAUAGAUGGUUGCUCCGGAAAACAGAUCAAAGCGCUAAGACCAAAAUCCUCAGUCAAGAUAAUAGCUAUUCGAGGUGCUGGCCAUUAUGUAUAUGCUGAUCAACCAGAAGACUUCAAUCAAACUGUAUUAGGAAUCUGCAGUACUAUAGACUAAUAAUCAGUCAGUACUGAGAAUUUGCUGGACUGUACUUUAACAGUCAUAACACUGGGAAUCUGCAAUAAUAUAAAUUAUCAACCAGGCGGCACUGGGAAUCUGCAUACAGUACAUUAAUCAAUGUUGGAUUUCUACAGCAUUGCUAAUUAACCACUGCAUUUUUUGAUUCAAAAUGUAUGAAUGCAGACAAGAAAGUCAAUAUAAACCAUAUUAGUUUAACACCAGAAGAUAAAUUUAAUAAAGAAUCCUUUCUGAAGCUUAGAAAUUCAAAAUUAGACUUAUGUCAACACCUUCUAUCUUUUUUGUAUUGCUCUGCCAAGUUUUAGUUUUGAUUACCUGUACCAUGACAGUAUUUAAUUGUGCAAUCCUGAUUUUUCACAACUAUUUAAUAAGAUGUUUGUAUAAUUUUAGUGCUAUGAUUAUGAACAAAGAUUUUUGUUUUGAUUGAACAUGUAAAUGCUGUGGAAAGAAUUUUAUUAAUUUAAAGUGACACUUAAAGACA